AUGAAUGGUACGAAUCGUCUGUCACGGUCUCACGAGACUCGAACGCGUUCAAGUGUCGCCAUCGGAAACCGCCGGGCCGAGCUCACGGCCAAGAUGGAAUAUCUCCAUCGCCCUACACAAGAGGCAGAUUUCUGGCCUGCACCAGCUGCCCAAGUGUUGGGCGGCUACGACUUACAUCGACCAGCACACGGAACGUGGCUAGGAAUAACGCGCCAAGGCCGCAUCGCAGUCCUUACCAACUAUCGAGAAGAGAACGAAGCUCUUGUUCAGGGCGCUCGGAGCCGAGGUCUCAUCCCUAAUGCCUGGUUGAAGUCGGAUCCCAAAGCACAAGAAUCGACAGAGCAGUUCGAAAAACGCAUGAUCGAGGAAGACGGCGUCAAGGGAGUUGGAGGCUUCAGUUUGUUGUAUGGCUUCGCGCAGGACGUUGUGAAGGGAACAGGAAAGGGUCUGGGUAUCAUCUCCAAUCGUACUCCUGACGUCCAUGGGGUGAUCCACCUGGCGAGCCAGCCGGGAGAGACGCACGCGCUCAGUAACGCAGCGUACGGCGACCGGACCUGGCCGAAAGUUGUCAACGGCGAGAAGUGGACGAACGAAGCCAUCGCUAAGAGCAGCGAAUCAGGAGAAACGCGCGAACAACUGGUCGAACGGUUACUGGACGUGCUAAGCGCCGACACAAUGCCUAAGCAAAAAGAAAACGAGGAAUGGGAUAUGUACAUGAACCAAUUACGCCACACUAUCUUCGUUCCUUCGAUUGGGAGGGACGACCUGGAAGAGCUGAAGAUGCCGGCUCAUGAAAUUGGUGAUACGGUCAAGCAGAAGGCUGCUCAUGCUACUGAUGGGGUGUACGGGACGCAGAAGAACAUCAUCAUAUUGGUGGACAAGCAAGGGAAGGUAUUCUUCUUCGAGCGGACGUUGUACGAUAGAGACGCAAAGCCUAUAGAGAAAGGGAAGGGUGAUCGAAGGUUUGAGUUCGAGAUUGAAGGCUGGUGA